AUGAACAGCUACGUCUUUCCCACGAAACCAUUGGCCAACCCCAAGGCCAUUGUCUCUGGACCAAAUUAUCGUUUUACAAUCCUCACCGAUCGCCUAGUCCGCUAUGAAUGGGCGGAAGACGGCCAGUUCGAAGAUCGAGCCUCCACGUUCGCCAUCAACCGUGAUUUUCCCGUUCCAAAUUACCGAGUUGUCGAUAACGAGGAUCUCCAGAUUAUCACGGAGCACUUCCACCUGAGCUAUGACAAGAAACGAUUCAGUCCCGGUGGUUUAUCGGUCCAUUUCAACGCCAGGAAUACCAACUGGGGAGCUCCAUGGCGGUUCGGAAUACCAGCCCCCAACUUGGGGGGUACAGCCAGAACACUCGACCUGUGCGACGGACCGUGCGAUAUGGGCCAGGGAGUAAUGUCGAAAGCGGGUUAUGCAGCGCUCGACGACUCUAAUUCGAUGCUCUUUGACGGCCAUGGCUUCGUGGCUGGCAGGCGCCCUGGCGAUCGCAUCGACGGCUAUUUGUUCUGUUAUGGCCGCGAGUACAAAGCCGCCAUCAAAGCAUUCUAUGCCGUCUCUGGCAAGCAGCCCAUUCUGCCUCGCUAUACCCUGGGGAACUGGUGGAGUAGAUACUAUGCGUACCGGCAAGAUGAGUAUAUCCAACUAAUGGAUGACUUCCGCGCCCGCGGGAUUCCCAUGUCCGUUGCUGUUGUCGAUAUGGAUUGGCAUCUUGUGUCCGAGGAGUGCGUUCCGCACUCUGGAUGGACUGGGUAUACUUGGAACAAGAAGCUGUUUCCGGACCCUGUGGAGUUUGGACGUGAGCUUCACAAGAGAAACCUUCAGAUCACACUGAAUGACCAUCCGCAUAAUGGUAUCCAUUCUCAUGAGGACUACUACGAAGAAAUGGCUCAAGCACUGGGCCAUGACACCGCAGAUAAAAACCCAAUUCUCUUCGACCCUACAAACCCCAAGUUUAUGGAGGCUUACCUGACCAUCUUGCACCGUAACAUUGAGAAGAUCGCAUGUGACUUUUGGUGGAUCGAUUGGCAGCAGGGGCCGCAUUCGAAGAUUCCCAGCCUCGAUCCCCUGUGGCUCUUAAACCAUUUUCACUACCUCGACCAUUCCCACGAUGGAAAGAUCCCCCUGAUCUUCUCGAGAUAUGCCGGCCCUGGAAGCCAUAGAUAUCCCAUUGGCUUCUCCGGUGAUACGGUGGUCACUUGGGCAUCUCUUGAGUUUCAGCCCGAGUUCACAGCAACCGCCUCCAACAUCGGUUACGGCUGGUGGAGUCACGACAUCGGUGGCCAUCUUCGCGGCAGUCGUGAUGAUGAGCUGGUCACUCGGUGGGUUCAGCUUGGUGUGUUUUCACCCAUCUUCCGUCUACAUUCGACAAUCUCUCGCUGGAUGUCCAAGGAGCCAUGGCUAUAUCGCAAAGAAUACGAAAUAGUCAUGUCCGAAUUCAUGCGGCUGAGGCACAGACUGGUGCCCUUCCUGUACACGAGAAACGUGAUUUGUUCUACCGAGGAUGAACCCCUUGUUCAACCGAUGUACUGGUCAUAUCCGAACCGCGAAGAGGCGUAUUCAUUCCCCAAUGAAUUCUUCUUUGGAUCCGAACUUGUUGUUGCUCCUAUCGUCCAACCAAGGGACAAGAGGACCAACCUGGGAUCAGUGACAGCCUGGCUACCGCCACUUCACCGCCAUGUCGAUAUUUUCACUGGCACUGUAUACGAUGGCGACCGUGAGAUCACUCUGUACAGACGUCUGGAAGAGUAUCCCGUCCUGGCCCAUGAAGGAUCCAUCAUCCCCCUUGAUGCUGACCCAUCGCCGAAGAACGGCUGCCUGAACCCGGAGGCAUUUGAAGUCCUGGUAGUUGUUGGUCAUGAUGGGCAGGCUAGCGUUCUCGAAAAUCCUAACGAUGACGAAAUCAAUGCUGGCAAAGUGAAUGCAACAGCAGCACACCAUGAACGGAAAUCAACUAUCACGUACGUCCAAGCAGAAGGAAAGCUGACUGCGGAAGUGGCAGGCGGAACAUGGGCCUUCCGCUUCCUGGCCAUAACCUCUAUCCCGAAAGAUCUCAAGAUCAUUGCCGAUGGAACAGAUCGUACAAAGGACAGUGAAGUUGCUGUCGAGGAGUAUCCACGAACACCGAGUCUAGUUGUCAAAUGUCCAUUCGUCAGCGAAGGAAAGCACACCAUUACCAUCGAACUCGGGUCGAAUCCACAACUCAGCCUGAUAGACCACAAACCACGCAUUGAGAGUUUGAUUAGAGACUAUCAGGUGGAAUUCCAGCUGAAGGACCGCCUAUGGAAAGUCAUUGAGGAUGCGAGGAGACUCCCGAUCAAUGCCACUGUAGGGAAUCUGAUGGCUUUGAGAUGUGAUGAGGCAAUCGUGGAGCCAUUGGCGGAGUUGCUGCUGGCCGACAGUCGAGCAGCCAAACUGUAG